AUGGUCGAACUUGAACCCCCCACAGGAUCCGGAGCAGACGCUUCGACGCCUGCCAAGACGUGUGAGGUGAGGCUCCCUGGAACAUCGGGCUCCGGAGUCCGCACCUCAAGUUGAGCGUGCUUCCCGGCCCGGACUGACUUGCAACUGAAUGUCGACCAUCAAUACCACCAGGCAUGCCAUCAAGGCUCGGUCCUACCUGGAACGCCGAAGGGAGUGAUGAGUGAGCACGAGUUGGGUGGGUUAAAGUAUUAUUUGGCCAAGGGAGAAGGGGAGGAGAGGAACAAGGUCAUUGUCAUGUGAGUAUGACGUAGGAGCACAUGUGGGGGAGAGUCUUAUCGUCCCCCGCUUGAGAGGGUCCCAGUUUCGGUUGUGAGACGGAGGCUGUUGAGGUUCUCUGGAGGCUGCUAAUUCGACUGGGAUAACUUCCUUGGAACCAGUGCGAUGGACAUCUUUGGCUUCUCGAUCCCCAACGCCAAACUCAUCGCCGAUCAACUCGCCAAGGACACCGGAAGGGACGUUUACGUCCCCGACUACUACAAGGGUGAGUCAUGAAAUCUCCUGCAGCGAGUUAUGAAAUUCUCAAAGAGGUAGGUUGACGGACGAACCAUUUUCAUACUACCUUUCCGCGGAAAAUUGUUCAUAGGCGACCCCGCCCCCGCUUCCAAGCUAUCCCUCUCGAGCUCCCCCCAAGCCCAACUACCUCUCUUGACGAGGGCCAAGAAUCUCGGUGCGACCGUGUAUACCUUCGUUCGACAUGUUGGGGUCGUUUGGGCUUAUAGGAAUAGGGCGGGGGUGUUGGUGCCGAGGGCCAAGGAGGUGAGUUUGGUCGAGGAGCCAGUCUUGGGCGGAUUGCAGUGCAGUGCAGUGGACGCCGAACUGAUCUGCGAAUUGAUGCACUUUGUAGUUCUGCGAGGCGCUCAAGAAGGAGAAAGGAAUCGAACGCAUCGGAGCGGUCGGGUACGUUCGUUGCCCUGCUCUCAUCUGCCCAGCCCACAUACCUAGCUCACUCCACUCUCCACUCCCCAUCCACCCGCCAGCUACUGCAUGGGCGGCACCGUCGUUUGUCUCCUCGGCGGUAUGCCCGACCAAGUCAUCGACGUCUGUAUCAUUGCCCACCCUGGGCCUCUCAAAGUUGACGACUUUAGGAGGCUUGCCCUUCCGACGGCGUUGAUCGUUGCUCAGGAGGAUUUCGCGUUUGAUUCAAUCAAGGCCGAGGUCGUACCGCUCGUGGAGGGGAUGAAGGAGAGGACGGACGUGAGGAGGUAUGAGGGGACUGUGCAUGGUCAGUUUAAAAAGAUACCUUCGAUUAAUGAGAGACAAGUACGUGGCUAACUUGAAGGUACGAUUUUGCUCAGGCUUCGCUUCGAGGGCGGACUGGACCGACCCAGACACGAAGGCCGCGUUUGAGCAGGCGCUACAACAGACGGGGAACUUUCUCAAGGCAAAUUUGUAG